CCGACUCUAGUCCCGCGCCGACCGCCGCUCCGAACGCCGCCUCCGACCGCCGAGGCCCGAGCCCGACAACUUUCCCGUACUUUUCCACGCUAGUGCUGUGAACAUACCCGCGUAAUGCACCCUAUUGUUUGUGACAUUCCCGUGUUGUGAAUGAGUGACAACCUUUAUGUGCCGCCUUUAUUACUGUUCGUGAAUUUUAUCGGCGAAUAAAUACGUUUAAUAUGUCGGAGGCAGGCGUGUCGUCAGAUAAUCAUCCCUAAACAAGAAUGCCGAAAAGUAAGAGGACGCUUUAAAAUGUGCGCGUGAACGUGUAUGCUAAAUUGAAUCUUUAAAAUAAAAUCGUGAAAAAGUAUGCCAAAGACAAAAACUUGUUGUGUUGGGAAGUGUGCGCAGUGAGAAUCGUUUCGUAGGCAGAGCAUGCAACAGUCAAGCGCUUGAUUAAAGCGGCUGUGGGAUGCGGAGGCGUGGCGUGUGACGCGCGGCCAGCGAGCGGCACGCAGCGUGGCGGAUGCGGCGCGCCAGCGUCUACAGUGUGAGCGAGGGCCUGGAGCGGUGCGCCUGUGCUAGGUAGCGCGGGCGCGGGUGCGGGUGCGGGUGCGGGUGCCAUGGCCGGCUGAUGGAGCCGGGCUGGUGGUCGCCGUCGCCGUCGGCCUCGCCGCCGCCGCCGCCCCGCGCCCCGCCGCCGCGCUGCCGCUGCCGACAACCCUUCUCUACCAGCUAUACUUGCUUGCCACAUUAUGAUGGAUGGCCAGACGGCGAAGAAGAAUCGACGGGCGGUGCGUUGCGUGAACGCGAGUUGCGUUCUCUGCACCGCACCGUGCCCGCGCUGCGUCGCAGAGAGCUCGACACACGGGCCAUCAAGCAUCACUUCUACCCCGAGGGGGGAUGGGGAUGGAUCGUUUGCGGGGCCGCAUUCCUGGCCCAUCUCCUGUCCACCGGGCUGCAGCUAGCCUACGGAGCACUUCACGUCUACGCCCUGAGACACCUUGGACCUUCUGCUGAUCAUGCUGUUUGGGCCGGCGCGAUAUGCGUGGGAGUGUCCCGCGCCGCGGGGGCCUUCGCAGCAGGUCGGAGGAGGUCCCCACGCCUCGUCGCCCUCCUCGGAGGACUACUACUCCCCCUAGCUUGCCUCUUCACUUCAUUCGCUACACAACUUCAUCAGACAUUGCUUAGUUACGGUGUGGUGCUGGGAGUAGGCUGUGGGUUCGUACGUGAAUCCGCUGGCCUAGUACUAGGUGCCUACUUCAGGAGACGGAGACAGUUCGUAGAACUGGUAGCUCAUGCUGGAGGAGGGGUGGGAAUCGCUCUCUUCAGCGUGGCCUACAAGGAAGCCGUCGGGAAACUAGGUUGGCGUUUAGGCUUGCAGGCAGUGACGGGUGUGCUGGUGCUAGCUUUCUUCCUGAGCGCCGUGUAUCGCAGCGCCUCGCUGUACCACCCACAGCGACGCGCCAUCCUUCACCUCAAGAACCAGCGACGAAAGGUAAGGCCGGUUAAGGAAAAGAAAGGCCUAAAGAGAGGACCAAUCUUCGAUUUAAGCCCUCUCCAAUCUCGACCGGCGAAAGUUUUGUUGCUGGCCGCCGGAUUAGCUGCUUUUGGACUUUACACUCCCGUCUUUUUUUUGGCUUUACAAGGUUUUCAAGAGGGCUUAGAAGAGAGUGCUCUGGUGUUACUGCAAACGUUUCUGGGGUUCGCUGCGGUGCUCGGCUGCGCCGGCUUCGGGCUCGUGCUGGUGCGCCCGUCAGCGCAGUGCCUCGUCUCCAAGCAAUAUCUUUGUCAAACGGCUAUGGUCGGAAUAGGUAUUUCAAUGCUCGCUCUGAGCAGCGUAGAAGGCUAUCAUGGUUACGUGCUGUUUGCCUGGAUGUACGGUCUAUGUUUAGGAGGAUUUUUAUAUUCGAUAAAGAUGCUCACAAUGGAACGUGUUCGAGGCCGACAUUUUACAAGAGUUUGGGGGUUUGUGCAAGGUGCUGAAGCUAUCCCGGUUAUGGUAGGUGUACCAGUAACAGGCUACAUCAACCAACAAGUGCCAAGAGCAGGCUUCUAUUUCUCGUCAGCGGCUACGUUAGCGGGCGCAAUGCUGCUGUUCUUCGUUGGGUUUUCGAAGCGGGAGCCGGAUCCGCCUCCGCCGGCGCCGGCACCCACCAUAGUGGAGGCAUGUCCUUGUGUGACGCCUCCGCCUCGCUGCGAGCCGGCGUGGUGCGCUUGUAGUGCGGGCGGUGCCACUGCGUACUGCGCCUGGCCUGGGCCUACUUGCGGCUCGCGUUUGCCGAAGUCUCUGUCAUAUGCAGCGCCCCUGGAUCGCGCGUGCUGCUCGGCCGCGCACUGCCCGGACUGCUACCGACGCGCGCCGCCUCUGAGGCCAUCACGCAGCGUGCCCGAAGGCCUCGCGUCGCGCGGCGCCAUGUGGACGCGCGGGGGCUCGUGCCGCCCCGCCUGCCGCCGCCGCGAGCAUCACCUCAUAGAACAAAUCACUACAUCCGUAUGAUAAUAACUUCGCGGCAAUUCGCACAGGUCUCGAUAUCCGCGAAUGUUUAGUGAAUUUGAAGGAAUUGUGUAAAUAAAUCGUUUCAGUAGUAAAUUACGUACCUAUCUUCUAAUUGAAGUGAAAGUUGAAGUGCUAGCGUUAUCGAAAAAGCAAUAAACUGAUAUAAAUAAAUUAACAGCAAAUUCUAUUACAGCCAAACCAGUGAACUAAAAAACCUUUUGUUGUUUAUUCACAUUGUGUACAAUAAACAUUUUUAUUAUUUUCGAAACAGUGUAAUAUCUAUAGAGCCGGCCUAACAUUGGGUCCUAACCGUGUUUGCUAGUAAACCAACAACCCAAAUACACCUCCAUCAACAAACAAGAGAGUAGAAUGUUAACUGUAAAAAUAAAAUAGCUAAUUUUUCCUACUUCUUAAAGUACUCGUGGGACCUUUGUCGUAGUUAAAUAUUCAUAUUUUAUAAUGUAGAACCGUCACUUUUGAAUCAUCAAUUCUUCAAUCUCUGUGUCAUAAUUACCGAUCUAUUUUAACAGAAGCUAUAUUGAUAAUAAACAUUUUAUUGUGUUCCUCUCAGUAAAAGAUUAAUCUGAAUGAUGAAUCACAUAAAACAUACAAAUGACAACCUGUAUGUAUGUAUUGUAUAAAUCAAUAGUCUGUUUGUUGAAAACAAAGUCAAUUUUAGCGAUCAUAUUACGACUGUUUUAAGGAGACGAGUUAGAUAGUUCUGUUCUAUUAUUGUUACGAGUAUUGUUUAGAUGUAAUAAUUAUAUUUUGUCGUUACAAGAUUUGUUGUUUUUGUAUACCAAAGUGUGAUUACAGUUUUGGUGAUAAAUAAAAUAUAAGAGUUUAGAAUACUA